AUUUAUUUUUUCUAAGCUUCAAGACAUUUUUAUAACUAAGAGGAAAUCGAAUCUGACAAAUCCUACGAACUUUUAUUCUAUGUCCAUAUCUGAAGUUCGAUGAAGUGUUAUUAUACAUGUUGCAGUCUAUUUGACUAUGCCUAAAUGGCUGGUACAUGUUAACUUCAUAUCAUGCUUGUGCUAUCUCAUCAGCAGAUUCUGCCAUUACAACACGAGUUCAAUGUUGGAUUGAAAUUUUGAUUUCCACAGCAGGAGCUCCUACCAAUCCCAAUUGACUGGAUUCUCCCUCCACAGCAUACGCUGGAUGUUGGAUUGAAAUUUUGGGUUCCGCAGCAGGAGCUCCUACCAAUCCCUAUUGACCGGAUUAUGCCUCCACAGCAUACGCUGGAUGUUGGAUUGAAAUUUUGGGUUCCACAGCAGGAGCUCCUACCAAUCCCAAUUGACUGGAUUCUCCCUCCACAGCAUACGCUGGAUGUUGGAUUGAAAUUUUGGGUUCCACAGCAGGAGCUCCUACCAAUCCCAAUUGACUGGAUUCUCCCUCCACAGCAUACGCUGGAUGUUGGACUGAAAUUUUGGGUUCCACAGCAGGAGCUCCUACCAAUCCCUAUUGACCGGAUUAUGCCUCCACAGCAUACGCUGGAUGUUGGAUUGAAAUUUUGGGUUCCACAGCAGGAGCUCCUACCAAUCCCAAUUGACAGAAUUCUCCCCCCGCAGCAUGCGCUGGAUGUUGGACUGAAAUUUUGGGUUCCACAGCAGGAGCUCCUACCAAUCCCAAUUGACUGGAUUCUCCCUCCACAGCAUACGCUGGAUGUUGGACUGAAAUUUUGGGUUCCACAGCAGGAGCUCCUACCAAUCCCAAUUGACAGAAUUCUCCCCCCGCAGCAUACGCUGGAUGUUGGAUUGAACUGCAUAGAGCCGCAAACAGCUCGACGGUUCCUCGAUUUUGAUUGGUCCGCACUGAUGUCAUUGUUUCCUAAAGAUUACGAUAAUUUAUUCAUUUAUAUUAAGAUUGCCCUAACCCUAAAUACUACGAAAAAAACUUGGAAGAACUUAAUAUAUUCGCGACCUGUCAAAUUUGCACAAGUUUCCACAUGA